GAGCCGGGGCGCAGGCGUCUGCGCCGCCGCCAGGGAGCCGCUGCCGAACCCGCGAUGGAAUAAUGCCCAGCGGCCCGCCCGGUCCCGGUAAUUUUCUGAUGUGACGGCUGAGACAUGAGAUCUUCAGCCUCCAGGCUCUCCAGUUUUUCAUCAAGAGAUUCGCUAUGGAAUCGGAUGCCGGACCAGAUCUCCGUCUCCGAGUUCAUCGCCGAGACCACCGAAGACUACAACUCGCCCACCACGUCCAGCUUCACUACGCGGCUGCACAACUGCAGGAACACCGUCACGCUGCUGGAGGAGGCUCUAGACCAAGAUAGAACAGCCUUACAGAAAGUUAAGAAGUCUGUAAAAGCAAUAUAUAAUUCCGGUCAAGACCAUGUACAAAAUGAAGAAAACUAUGCACAAGUUCUUGAUAAGUUUGGGAGUAAUUUUUUAAGUCGAGACAACCCAGAUCUUGGCACUGCUUUUGUCAAGUUUUCCACGCUUACAAAGGAACUGUCCACACUGCUGAAAAAUCUGCUCCAGGGCCUGAGCCACAAUGUGAUCUUCACCUUGGAUUCCUUGUUGAAAGGAGACCUGAAGGGAGUCAAAGGCGAUCUCAAGAAGCCAUUUGACAAAGCUUGGAAAGAUUAUGAGACGAAGUUUACCAAAAUUGAGAAGGAGAAAAGGGAGCACGCUAAGCAGCACGGGAUGAUCCGCACGGAGAUCACCGGCGCCGAGAUCGCAGAGGAAAUGGAGAAGGAGCGGCGCCUCUUCCAGCUCCAGAUGUGCGAGUAUCUCAUUAAAGUUAAUGAAAUCAAGACCAAAAAAGGUGUGGAUCUGCUACAGAACCUGAUAAAGUAUUAUCACGCACAGUGCAAUUUCUUUCAAGAUGGUUUGAAAACAGCUGAUAAAUUGAAACAGUACAUUGAAAAACUGGCUGCUGAUUUGUAUAAUAUCAAACAGACCCAGGAUGAAGAAAAGAAACAGCUGACCGCACUCCGAGACCUAAUAAAGUCCUCUCUCCAACUCGAUCAGAAAGAAGAUUCCCAGAGCCGGCAAGGAGGCUACAGCAUGCACCAGCUGCAAGGCAACAAGGAGUACGGCAGCGAGAAGAAGGGCUACCUGCUGAAGAAGAGUGACGGGAUCCGGAAAGUGUGGCAGAGAAGGAAGUGCUCCGUCAAGAACGGGAUCCUGACCAUCUCCCACGCCACAUCCAACAGGCAACCAGCCAAGCUGAACCUUCUCACCUGCCAGGUGAAGCCGAAUGCCGAGGACAAGAAGUCUUUUGACCUGAUAUCACAUAACAGGACGUAUCACUUUCAAGCUGAAGAUGAGCAGGAUUACGUAGCGUGGAUCUCGGUGCUGACGAACAGCAAAGAGGAGGCCCUCACCAUGGCCUUCCGGGGGGAGCAGAGCGCCGAGGAGAGCAGCCUGGAGGAGCUGACGAAGGCCAUCAUUGAGGACGUGCAGCGGCUCCCGGGCAACGACAUCUGCUGCGACUGCGGCUCGGCAGAACCCACCUGGCUGUCCACCAACUUGGGUAUCUUGACCUGUAUAGAAUGUUCUGGCAUCCAUAGAGAAAUGGGGGUUCAUAUUUCUCGCAUCCAGUCUUUGGAACUAGACAAAUUAGGAACUUCUGAACUCUUGCUGGCCAAGAAUGUAGGAAACAAUAGUUUUAAUGAUAUUAUGGAAGCAAAUUUACCCAGUCCCUCACCAAAACCCACCCCUUCAAGUGAUAUGACUGUACGGAAGGAAUAUAUCACUGCCAAGUAUGUAGAUCAUAGAUUUUCACGGAAGACCUGCUCAUCUUCAUCAGCUAAACUGAAUGAAUUGCUCGAGGCCAUCAAAUCUAGGGAUUUACUUGCACUAAUUCAAGUCUAUGCAGAGGGGGUGGAGUUAAUGGAACCGCUGCUGGAACCCGGACAGGAGCUUGGGGAGACAGCCCUUCAUCUUGCAGUCCGAACCGCAGACCAGACAUCUCUCCAUUUGGUGGACUUCCUUGUACAAAACUGUGGGAACCUGGAUAAGCAGACGGCCCUGGGGAACACGGCUCUGCACUACUGUAGUAUGUACAGUAAACCAGAGUGUUUGAAGCUGCUGCUCAGGAGCAAGCCCACUGUGGAUGUUGUUAAUCAGGCUGGAGAGACCGCCCUGGACAUAGCAAAGAGACUGAAAGCCACUCAGUGUGAAGACCUGCUUUCCCAGGCUAAAUCUGGAAAGUUUAAUCCACAUGUCCACGUGGAAUAUGAGUGGAAUCUUCGACAGGAGGAGAUGGAUGAAAGCGAUGACGACCUGGAUGACAAACCGAGCCCCAUCAAGAAGGAGCGCUCCCCCCGACCCCAGAGCUUCUGCCACUCCUCCAGCAUCUCCCCCCAGGACAAGCUCUCACUGCCAGGCUUCAGCACGCCGAGGGACAAGCAGCGACUCUCCUACGGCGCCUUCACCAACCAGAUCUUUGUCUCCACAAGCACAGACUCACCCACGUCACCGAUCUCGGAGGCGCCCCCGCUGCCUCCCAGAAACGCCACGAAAGGUCCGCCUGGCCCACCUUCAACACUCCCUCUAAGCACCCAGACCUCUAGUGGCAGCUCCACCCUGUCCAAGAAGCGGCCUCCUCCCCCACCACCCGGACACAAGAGAACCCUGUCUGACCCUCCCAGCCCACUACCUCACGGGCCCCCAAACAAAGGCGCAGUUCCUUGGGGUAACGAUGUGGGUCCGUCGUCAUCCAGUAAGACUGCGAACAAGUUCGAGGGCCUGUCCCAGCAGUCAAGCACCGGUUCUGCAAAGACUGCCCUUGGCCCAAGAGUUCUUCCUAAACUACCUCAGAAAGUGGCACUAAGGAAAACAGAGACCAGCCAUCAUCUGUCCCUCGACAAAGCCAACGUCCUGCCUGAGAUCUUCCAGAAGUCAUCCCAGUUGGCAGAGUUACCGCAAAAGCCGCCACCUGGGGACCUGCCCCCGAAGCCCACGGAACUGGCUCCCAAACCCCCCAUUGGAGACUUGCCACCUAAGCCAGGAGAGCUGCCCCCGAAGCCACAGCUGGGCGACCUGCCUCCCAAGCCCCAGCUCGCAGACUUGCCCCCCAAGCCCCAGGUGAAGGACCUGCCUCCCAAGCCACAACUGGGGGAGCUGCUGGCAAAACCCCAGACGGGAGAUGCCUCGCCCAAGGCCCAGCCACCCCCGGAGCUCACCCCCAAGUCACACCCGGCGGACCUGUCCCCGAACAUCCCCAAGCAGGCGUCCGAGGACACCAACGACCUCACGCCCACCCUGCCAGAGACACCCGUGCCGCUGCCCAGGAAGAUCAACACGGGGAAGAGCAAGGUGAGGCGAGUGAAGACCAUCUAUGACUGCCAGGCGGACAACGAUGAUGAGCUGACUUUCAUGGAGGGCGAGGUGAUCGUGGUCACCGGGGAGGAGGACCAGGAGUGGUGGAUUGGCCACAUCGAGGGGCAGCCCGAGAGGAAGGGCGUCUUCCCAGUGUCUUUUGUCCAUAUCCUGUCCGACUAGCAGAAAAGCAGAGCCUUCAGACUGUCCACGCCCGUCAUACCAGACCGCUGCCUCCCCAGGACCCUGUGCACACCGUGUAAAUAGCUGCUGUUACCGAGUGGAAGCUCCCGGAGGGGCCGCCUCAGGAGAGGAACGGAACGCGUGUUGUAAAUAUCCUGCGGUCUCUGCCUUCGCCAGUAUUCGGGUAGCCUUGGGGCCCGGCGCGCCUUACUGGCUUGCCAAAGCCAUCCUUGGUAUCUAGCACUUACAUCUCUGUCUAUGCUGUUUUCCAAGCAAACAAACAAGCAGGAAUAUAGGAACUGCUGGCUUUGCAAAUAGAAAUGGUCUCCAGCAACCGUUGAAGGGCACAGAAUUGCUUCUCUGUUCCUAACCUGACAGUAUUCUCCAUUGUGUUACUGAGAAAUGCAACAUUAGCAAAGAGGUGGGUACUGUCUUCCAGGUGAAUCUUUCCACUCCGUGACAGACCAGCCUGUUGUUAUCUGUGUACACAGUUUACAGCUACAAAAACCGACUUUGGUAUUUAUUACAGAAAAGUGCUCAGUUCUGUGUAAGUGUUAUUCCUUCAGCAAAACAUCCACUGACCCAGAACGCUGGGUGGCAUUUUACAAUGCCCACAGCCUCACGCAGGUUUAGACACGUGGGUUUAUGCUGUCUUAAGAAGAUGAGUGCCCGCCCCUGAUAUUACCUCAUUAUGCAAAAAUAACAUAUCCUUCAUGACUAUUUUCACAGAAGUUUAAGACACAUCUGAUGAAGUUCAACUUUCAGGAACCAAGGACUGCCAGAAAAUAUUAGCCUCUACAUUAUGCAUGCAUUUAGAAGCUUACCUGAAAUCUGCCUUUUAUAAAGGAAUAGUAUGGAUACGUUGAACUGUACAUUUUUUUUAAACUUGAUUGCCAUUAAAGCAGAAAUUAUAAGGUUGCAACAAAUAUUUGUUUCCAGUCAGUCAUUUGGCUUCCUCUAGAGUAUGAAUGCACAUAUCACAUUAUGAAUUAGCAUCCUUCAACUAUGUUAACACCCCUAACAUGUCCGUCUUAAAUUCUUUUCUUAGUUUUCAUUCUGGAUAAAUUUAAACUUUCAAAAGAGUGUUCAAGAAGACAACGAAUUCAGAAAUCAGUUCUGCCCACCAUUUUCCCCCGCCCGCUCCCCCCUAGAAUCCAGGUGCUGAAACCAGCCUUCUUUUUUUUCCCCCAUUUUCUUUACUAAACCCCAAUCAUAGAGAAGUUUCCCAGCUCUGUUGAACAGACACGUCAUCUUCAAGUCAAUUCAUAACCAAGUUUCUGAACGCUGCUAUGAAUUGCACUGUGAAACAUGCUUUUCUGCCAGGGGUCCCUGCCCCUCCCGGUUUUUUUCUCAUCCCAGCCGCGUUCAUGAGGCCAUUAAGACCAUCCUAAGUUUUCCAGUCUUUUAUAUCAGCCUGAAUCUGGGGAAGGAAUACAGCAGCUCCGCUCCCCAGUCCAUGGGACUGCUCUCAGAUUCCGAGGCCCGUGUGUCGUCCUGGCAGUGCACUUGCUUAAACAGCUACAUUGGCAGCAGUGCAGGAAACUAAUAUUUUUAAGCAGAUCAUCCUGGCAACAAGUGAGAAAUGUUCAUUUCACAGAAGCACAGCUCCCAACCAAACCCUUAGGGGAGCCCUCUGUAAUCGAGUCGCAGUGCUUGGCGAGCAUUAACUUAGCUCUGCUCACGUGAUCACUGAACCAAUAAACCUUGCAUGACAAACCUGCAACAUAUCUCACCAGCUAUUAUCGGAAAGUGAUUUUAAGCAAUUGCUUCCUCAGCGUCACAGCACACGGGAACUCCACACAGAUACGAGGAACCAGCCGACGUGCUGGUGUGCGUGGUACACAGUGUUAGCAGGCUCAGUAGUGUAGCGACCGGGUGUCUGGACAGGAAGUCACCUCCCGAAGUUAUUUAGUGUUCCAAUUCAUUCACUUACACUUAAGUUGCAUUCAAGCACUGUUCAUUUUUGUGGCCUACAGUAUUUUCAACUGAUCUCAAAAUAAACUGGCUUUAAAAAAAAAAAACACAAAAGCACGAUGCCUAAAAUUACAUGGAAUUAAUUCCUUUUCUUUUUUCCUCUUUUAGAGCAACUUUUACACAGAUGCUUUUUAACACUUGUUUGUUUUUUUCCUGGUUUUGUUUUUGUUUUCCAUCAGGAAUCUGAGUUUUCUCUAACCCAGCUUACUGUGGGACAUAGGAAAAAUAGAUAUAAAUAAAUAUCUUUGGCGACCUUGGUUGAGUUUGAAUCUGGUAUUGUUCUUAAACUCAGUGAGCCGCUAUCUGCAAUUUUGUACAUGAUAGAGAGUAUUUUGAAGGUAUGGGACCUUAUGGGAAAAAUAGCUAAUUCUUCUUUGCCCCCCCGCAGCGGGGAAAGUUAUGUUCUGCAAAUAGUGUGUGUCUUAUUUUACUGUUGAACAGCGAUUGCUAUUUAUUUUUUUAUUGCCUAGAACUUCAACAUGUUGUAUAGGGAUCCCACAGCGCCACAAGUUAAAUUCCGAAUUCCCAUCUGGAUGUUAUGCUUAGACAUCAGUA